UUUGACAUCUACUCUCGAUCUACCUAUGAGCUAACUCCAGAUAUAUAAACGAGCCGAACUUUUCUCCUAUCUAAUCACUGCUGUUGCUGGGUUAGCCUGCGAAAAUGGCGCCUGGGCUUGCGAGCUUAGUGGCACUGGUUCUGGCCAUCGUUCUUGGCUCGCUGUGCCUCGUCGCGCUCUCAGAGGACGAACAACUCGAGAACCUGUGGUUCGUGCGGCGCGCACAGGACGCGCCCCUGGUGUCGCACUACAACUACAUCGUGGUCGGCGGCGGCACGGCGGGGUGCCCGCUGGCCGCGACGCUGUCGGAGCAUUCCCGCGUGCUGCUCCUGGAGCGGGGCGGCCUCCCCUACCGCAACAUGUCGAACCAGCAGCACUUCACGGACGCGCUGGCGGACACGUCCCUGGCGUCCCCCGCGCAGCGGUUCAUAUCGGAGGACGGCGUGGUGAAUGCGCGCGCGAGGGUGCUGGGCGGCGGGAGCUGCCUCAACGCCGGGUUCUACACGCGCGCCAGCAACGACUACGUGCGCGCCGCCGGGUGGGACGCGCGGCUGGUGAACUCGUCCUACCGCUGGGUGGAGCGCGCGCUGGUGUUCCGCCCCGACGUGCCCCCCUGGCAGGCCGCGCUCCGCGACGCGCUGCUCGAGGCUGGCGUCACGCCCGACAAUGGCUUCACGUUCGACCACGUCACGGGCACCAAGAUCGGGGGCACCAUCUUCGACAACAGCGGGCAGCGGCACACCGCCGCCGACUUCCUCCGCCACGCGCGGCCGGGGGGGCUCACCGUGCUGCUCUACGCAACCGUCUCAAGGAUCCUCUUCAGACAGCAAGAGGGGGUGCCGUACCCGGUGGCAUACGGGGUGGUGUUCACCGACCCGCUGGGGGUGCAGCAUCGGGUGUACCUCCGGGACGGCGCCAAGAACGAGGUGAUCCUGUCGGCGGGGACGCUGGGGAGCCCGCAGCUGCUGAUGCUGAGCGGCGUCGGCCCACAGGCGCACCUCGAGGCGCACGGCAUCCAGGUGCUGGUCGACCAGCCCAUGGUCGGGCAGGGCGUGGCCGACAACCCGAUGAACUCGGUGUUCAUCCCGUCGCCCGUGCCCGUCGCGCUCUCCCUCGUGCAGGUCGUCGGGAUCACGCGGUCCGGCAGCUUCAUCGAAGGCGUCAGCGGCUCCGAGUUCGGCAUCCCCGUCUCCGAGGGCGCCUGCCGCCUUGCCCGCAACUUCGGCAUGUUCUCUCCUCAGACCGGGCAGCUCGGCACGCUGCCGCCGAAGCAGAGGACGCCGGAGGCGCUGCAGCGCGCGGCGGAGGCGAUGCGGCGGCUGGACAGGCGGGCGUUCCGGGGCGGCUUCAUCCUGGAGAAGAUCUUGGGCCCGGUCUCCUCGGGCCACAUAGAGCUGCGCUCCGCCGACCCGCGCGCGAACCCCGCGGUGACGUUCAACUACUUCCAGGAGGCGGAGGACCUGGAGCGGUGCGUGCACGGCAUCGAGACGAUCGAGCGGGUGAUCCAGUCCCGAGCCUUCGCCAACUUCACCUACGCCAACGCCUCCGUCGAGUCCAUCUUGACCGACUCCGCCAACUUCCCCGUCAACCUGCUGCCGCGGCACGUCAACGACUCGCGCUCGCCAGAGCAGUACUGCAAGGACACCGUCAUGACCAUCUGGCACUACCACGGCGGCUGCCAGGUCGGCGCCGUCGUCGACGACGACUACCGGGUGUUCGGGGUGCAGCGGCUGAGGGUGAUCGACAGCUCCACCUUCAAGUACUCCCCCGGCACGAAUCCGCAGGCCACCGUCAUGAUGCUCGGAAGGUAUAUGGGUGUGAAAAUUCAGGCUGAGAGAUGGAGGAAAUGAUUAAGAGCAAAUCGUUUCAGGAUGGUCUAGGCGGUGACAAUGCAAGCGACUCAUUUGUAACUGGGUACCAGCUUUAGAGUAGGCUUUAUUUUUCUCCAUACAUUUUACUCUUCUAUAGACAUAGCUCUAGUUUCUGAUUGUUAAUUCUGAAACCCUGACACCCCCUUGAGAUGCAUUGCUCAGCGUUUCA